AGAACGGGUUGUCGUUCAGCUGCGCACCAAAUUUUUUCGGCCCCAAAUGCAAAUGCAAAACGCUUUCGCGGCGUGAGUAGUGCAUUCAAAAUUACCAGUCAAUUGACGGGACUCGUGGCUCCCUGUGCAGUACCUCUCUGGACUCGAUGUGACCACGAUCCAACGGAUACGGAAGAAACUUGCGCCUGGUGUACAAAAAUCGAUCGUUGAAGCGGUUUAAAUAAAGAUUUCUUUGUUCGUUCGCAGGCUGCACGGCACUUCGAGGGCUUUUAUGUUAUUAUUAAUAUGAAAUUGGAUGAAAUAGUUGCCUGGUACGAGAAGAAAAUCGGCACCUAUGACAAACAAGAAUGGGAAAAGACUGUCGAGCAGAGGAUCCUAGAUGGCUUUAAUAAUGUCAACUUAAAGAACACAAAGCUAAAGACUGAGCUGAUCGAUGUAGACUUAGUGCGCGGUUCCACCUUUCCAAAGGCCAAGCCCAAACAGUCUCUGCUUACCGUCAUCCGUUUGGCCAUAUUGCGAUAUGUGUUGCUGCCCCUCUAUGCCCAGUGGUGGGUCAAGCAGACCACGCCCAACGCAUUUGGCUUCAUUCUUGUUCUCUAUCUAACCCAGCUGUUCAACUGGGCCAUCUACGUGCUGCAUAGCAAUCGCUUAGUACCGUUGGUCUAUGAAAAGCCGUCAAAUGUCACCGUGCUUCUGACAGAUUCAGCUGAAGAUGUCCCCGCUGCGGAUGCUGAUAAGCAAUCCGAGGAGCAUGCUGACCUCCUCAGCGCCCUGUUAAUCCCGUGUGCAUUAAGCUUGUUGAUCAGCCUUAUCCACUCCCAGAUCGUUGCUACCAACACAGCCACGGGAGGUACUGGCGGAAGCAGCAAGAAUAAGCUGCGACGCAUCUCCACAAGCUGUUUGGGGGACAAGCCCUCGACCCGUGACCAUCGGAUGCGACGACGGAAGAAGUUUGUGCGAGUUCGCCCAAUGGAAGCUGAUUUAUCCCAAGCCAGCAGCAACAUUUCAAUACCAAACAGACGCACUACACCCAGCACCAUCGAAGUGCUUCCCAGACCGGCCACGCCCUUACCGUCACCCACAAUCACCAGUGCCGUUGUACCAGAUCCCAGCCUUCCAGCCACUCCACCUCCCGUCGUAAUCAGGCGGAGCAGCAAUGAGGAGACCUAUAUGACCACUACUGCUAUCAGCGCAAUACCGGAAACAUCGCUAGCCACAGAUGAACGCUUCGAUCUCACAAGGCAGUCAGGAGGAGUGGCUCCUGAAAGCCCCAAAAAGCGCAACGUUAACUGGCAUACACCCAUUCAGAUCUACGCUACCUAUGAGCGCACAGAGCAGCCUUCCUCGAGCCGAAAUGUUGGUGAAGUCCGGGCGGACGCGGAUGGCGAAAGCAAUGUGGGUUCCGUCAAUUCCGCCUAUCAAUCACGUCGAAGUAUCGGUGAAGACGAUGGAUUCGAAAGUCUGAAUGGAAAGAGCUCCAGUGGGGAGGACAAUAACCAUUCACCCCUCCCCAACGCGGGAGCUGUCCCUAUUACGCCAGCCCCGGUCCAGUCCAAUCAACUUCGCCUGCGUCUAAAUACAACAAUCGGUGGAUCAACUAGUGCCCCACCGACUGAAAAGAAGACUCACUCGAGAGGCAAUGAAUCCACAACCAGUUGUGCCGAGUCAGACGAGUGCGAUGAUGCUGACAUUAUAUCUAGUCCUGCCUCGGCCUGCAACCAGGAGUGCACGACCUCUGCUACAGAUUGGCUGGGAGUAACUACAAAUAGUGAGGACUGCAGCUACACCUCUGACUUGGACCACUCUGACGGAGGUUUAAAACACACGGCCUGCAGCGACGAAGAUCCUGGCGAGCUAGACAUCACACCAACCACCAUAUUAAAUCCACACAGCAGCCUGGACCGUAUUAGCUGCACCAUUUGGGAUCAGCGAGACGCUAAGAAGGCGCAACUUUCUGUGCUGGAGAUCGCAUCUUGCAUAAUCGAACGCGUAGACUCGAUGGGUGAGACCAAUGACUACAUUUACAUAGGUGUGGUAUUUUCUUUCCUGCUCACACUAAUUCCCAUCUUCUGCCGACUUUGCGAGGUCACUAUCGGGAGCGACGCAGAAAAGGCGAGUGAAAUUAGCUACUUGUACUUGCCGCAGCUGCUGUGGGAGAAGUCGUCGGCUUCGUUCUUUACCCUGCUGGGCUUUGCUUUCGGCGAUACCCAAUGGGAGCGCACCGUACUGGCUCUGGGCUUUGUACAGCGCCUUUGCCUGACUCUUAUUCUGUUCAUCAUUUUCGCCGUAGCAGAGCGAACCUUUAAGCAGCGAUUCCUUUACGCCAAGCUCUUCUCACACCUUACGUCAUCGAGACGGGCUCGCAAGUCAAAUCUUCCCCACUUCCGCCUGAACAAGGUGCGCAAUAUCAAGACCUGGCUCAGCGUGAGGUCGUACCUAAAGAAACGCGGGCCGCAGAGAUCUGUGGAUAUUAUCGUUUCCGCCGCCUUCAUAGUAACCCUUUUGCUGCUGGCCUUCCUAAGCGUGGAGUGGUUAAAGGACUCAGUGCACCUCCACACACAUCUCACACUGGAGGCACUUAUCUGGUCAAUCACCAUUGGAAUAUUCUUGCUGCGCUUCAUGACGCUAGGCCAGAAAAUUCAACACAAGUACCGCAGCGUGUCGGUGCUGAUAACUGAACAAAUUAACCUGUAUCUGCAGAUCGAGCAGAAGCCGAAGAAGAAGGACGAGUUGAUGGUGUCAAAUAGCGUGCUCAAGCUGGCCGCCGAUCUGCUAAAGGAACUCGAAACGCCAUUCAAGAUCUCUGGCCUCAGUGCCAACCCAUAUCUAUUCACAACCAUCAAGGUUGUUAUCCUGUCGGCCCUAUCGGGCGUUCUUAGCGAGGUUUUGGGCUUCAAGUUGAAGCUGCACAAAAUCAAGAUUAAAUGAAUCAUGCAAGGCGCAGAUUGCAUCAUAUUUUUGUAGUACAACUUUUUCGAAACGCUUUAAGAGAAAUCUACAACUACAUCUUACUCUAAAUUAGUUAAGUGAAUAAAUUUAAGCGAGCCAAUGUUUAUGCUUGUCAAGUGAUUGUUUAGCAGCGUUAACAAGUCCACUACUGACUACGUAAAUCAAUAUAAAUUAGUAUUUACCACCUACCUUCUAGAGCGACCUGCACAAUCACAAAUCAUGUUAACUCAUAUUGUGUAAUGAAUCGUAUUAAAGUUCAUAGAACUUUUAGCAUAAAAGCGAUGCACCCUUCGUAGUUGGCUGUUUGAUCUGUUCCACAGUCUCAAGUUCAAUUCCUAAAGAGGUCUCAGCUAGAGUGUUGCAAUUAAUAAAUGUUAGAAAAUCAUAUUAAACAGGACGUUUAAAAUUAAGUUGUGUUAUCUUGUCUAACGGUUUAAUUUAAAACUUUCAAAAGAACAUCGGGUUUUAGUACCUGUUAAAUUCUUGGUUAUUAAACUAUAUAAAGAACCGAAUGACUACAACCUUU